GCCAUUCCCAUAUCCCCGCUCCCCUCCUGCACUGGCUGCGCGUCCCACAUCCAACCCCGUCUCGUCCCUGAAUGCUCCAGCUCGUUCUUCUUGAAUUAUGGCAGAACGAUUGGUGAACAUAGACGACACUGACCCUAGUGUUGUCUACAGCCCUCCUGAAGCAUGGACCCCGCAGUUUAUUUGCCCUGACUGUCGUUCGGCAGAUGAGGUUGGAAUUGUAGAGGAAUCAGCUUAUAAUGGCACUUGGACGACUGUCCAACCGACGUUCCCUCAAGCCAAUAUCACCCUGGAGUUCGCCGGGAUAGAAGCCACGGCAUUCUUUACCUUGUUCACCAACGUGCAUCAAAUAACAAACAGCGACCUCCCUACCGAGAACGUUGCCAAUAUCGCAUUUUAUGUAAACGAAACUCGCGUCGAUCCCGCUCCUUUGCCAUACAACCAUUGGUGGUAUCCGGAUAUGCCCCAAGAUCCAUUCAUUCCAGGGCUGAUUUUAAUGUGGAGAGAGAGGCUUCCCCCUUGGCGGCAUACAAUACGCGUUGAGUACACCAUUGACGUGGAUGCAGGAGAGCCCCAGGUCUGGCUAGCCUUCGAUAGGCUCGAAUACACCCCCGUUCCAGGAGCGGUGCUACCGCCACCCACUUCACCUCGUCCGCCACCCGUACCCAGCGAAACAUCCUCCUCUGCGUCUUCCUCCACGGGUCAUAGACCGACUGAGAGCAAUCGCCCAAUCACGGACUUGGAACCGCCUUCAAACUCAAGAGACAUCCCCAUGAUCCUUGGACUCUCAGUUGGUCUUUCUAUCUUUUCCGUGCUUGUACUCGGAGCCUUUCUGUUCUGGUUCUAUCGACGGCGAAAGUCCAGGCGCCAACCCCCGCCGCCCACUGCAAACUAUGUCCAUCCGGACAGCAUAGACGCCGAAGAUGUCCCGCCUCCACGGUACCGUGAGCCUCGUCUCACACAAGUCCCCACCGCCAGUACUACCACCGAGUUCGAUCCUUUGAACUUGUACGGUGGGAGUAGUGCCGGUGACCCGACAUUGUCGAGCUUGCAUUCCCCAGGCUCAGCGACCACAUCCUCCCCGGUGUACUACCAGAAAUCUUCCUUGGGGCCACUAUCCAGUGCUGUCCCAUUAUCUGCCUCCAAUUACAGUCCGACGAGAAGCGGAACGGACUUAAGCUACGUGCCUCACACCCCUGCCCCGGUCUCGCCGUCGACAUCAUCCGGGCCAGCGUCUCAAUAUAGUAGCGGAAAGAACGAGAAAACGCCUUUGCGCUUCUUGGUUCCUUCAAACCCAAGCGAAGAUGACAGGAGCAGUAUUGCGUCGCGAGGAGCAGGAAGAGUUCAAGGGCCUCGUUCGAUGGCAGCAAGUACCUCAAUGCAUGUGCCGAGGACGAGACCUCCCUCUUAUACCAGUGAGGGCUACAGAUCCUGA